GCCCGGCCCCGGUGGGCGGGGGUCUGAGCGGCCCGCCGGGGGCCGGGGGGCCAGGACCGGGGGACCGGGGGGUGGUCGUCCGACUCAUGAAGAACAAGCUGAAACGCAAAGGAGCGUGCGGACCCUUCGGCUGCGACCUGGGGGAGUUCCUGGACCGCUCGGGCCAAGAUGUCCCGUACGUGCUGAGGAGCUGCGCGGAGUUCAUCGAGACGCACGGCGUCGUGGACGGCGUCUACCGCCUCUCCGGGGUCACCUCCAAUAUCCAGAAACUGAGGCAGGAGUUUGUGUCGGACCAGUGCCCGGACCUGAGGCGGGAAGUUUACCUCCAGGACAUCCACUGCGUGGGCUCCCUCUGCAAGCUCUACUUCCGCGAGCUGCCCAACCCCCUCCUCACCUAUGACCUCUACCACAAGUUCACGGAUGCCGUCUCCCACUGCCCGGAAGAGGGGCGCCUGGCCCGGAUUCAGCAGGUCAUCCGUGAGCUCCCCGCCCCCCAUUACAGGACCCUGGAAUACCUGAUCCGACAUCUUAGCCGCGUCGCGUCCUUCAGCCGACUGACAAACAUGCACGCCCGGAAUCUGGCGCUGGUGUGGGCUCCCAACCUCCUCAGGUCGAAGGACACGGAGGCCGUCGGCUGCAACGGCGACGCGGCCUUCCUGCAAGUGCGGGUCCAGCAGGUGGUCAUCGAGUUCAUCCUCAACCACGUGGAACAGAUCUUCAGCCCCACCGACGGCCCCCCGGGGACCCCCCACGAGAACCGCCCGGUGGUGAAGAGCCUGACCCUGCCGUCGCUGUCGUCGGCGUCGAUGAAGCUGGUGUCCCUGGAGGAGGCCCAGGCCCGCGGCCUCGGCCUCGGCCUCCCCGCCCGCAAGGAGCGCAGGGAGAACAGCCUCCCCGACAUCGCCGUCGCCCCCGCUCCCGCCGCCCUCUUCCACACCGUCCUCGACUUCCCCGACAACAAGAGGAAGCUCUCCAGCAAAUCGAAGAAAUGGAAGUCGAUAUUUAACCUGGGCCGGUCGGGGCCGGACGCCAAGACCAAGCUGAGUCGGAACGGAAGCAUCUUCGUCAGGGGACAGAGACUGACCGAAAAAGCCACCAUCCGGCCUGCAAAGAGCAUGGACUCCCUGUGCUCUCUGCCCGUGGAAGGGGACGACACCAAGGGCGUCCUGAAGCGAACCCUGGCGACCGGCGGCUUCUUCGUCCCGGCCACGAAGCGGCCCCCGGCCGGGCCCGGCGGCCCCGGGGACCCGAGCGGCGAGGAGGAGGCGGGCGGCGCCUGGGGGCCGGCGGAGGGAGGGUCCCCCCGCGCCCCCCCGGGCCGCCCGCCCCCCGAGCAGCUGAAGGUGUUCCGCGCCCUGCAGCCCCCCGAGCCGGAGCAGGGCCCCCCGAAGAUGCUGGCCAUGUUCUACACGUCCGGCGAGGGGGCGGCCCAGGCCCAGGCCCAGGCCCAGGCCGGCUUCGGCCGCUUCCCCGCGGCGGAGGGGUCCCCCCGGCCCCCCCGCCAGGCGCUGGACAUCUCGGAGCCCUUCGCCGUGUCCGUGCCCCUGCGGGUGUCCGCCGUCAUCAGCACCAACAGCACGCCCUGCCGCUCGCCCGCCCGGGGCAGGCCGCCGCCCCCCGGCCCGGAGGGCGAAGGGGCCGCAGCUUCGGUUCCCGAGCAGACGCGGGCCGCCACGGAGCCGGAAUCGGAGGCCGCCGCCGCCGCCGCCGGGACGGCGGGGGCCGAGGCGGAGACGGAGGCGGCGGAGAGCCGGACGUCCGAGGCCGGCGGCCAAGACGGGGUCGUCGGCGUUGCCGUCGACGUCGAGCCGCCUCCGCGGCGGGACCCGGACCCGGCCGGGGCCCCCGGGGAGGCCCGGGCCGGGGAGGAAGACGCGCGGCGGCCAGUAGAGAGCACGGGCGCCCCUGGCCAAUGGAGCCCCGGCCCGCGGGAGGCCGCGGGGGUCCGGGCCGAGCCCCCGGGUCCCCCCGAGGCGGACGAGGACCGCCUCUCGUGGCCGGACCCGCACCUGGAGUUGAAGAUCGUCGAGGCGGAGGAGAUCCCGGGCCCUGAGCCCCCCUCCCCGCGGACGGACGCCGCCGCCCCGGACGUCCGGGGGGACCCGCGGGACCGUCCCCCGACCCCCGAGCGGCCGGCGGCUCCCGGGGUCCCCCCGGGGCGGGCCGAGAGCCCGGAGCCGGCCACGCCGGGCGCCGAGGGGCGCGAGGACGAGGCGCUGUCGGACGGGGCCCCCCAGGGCCCGGAGCUGGAGGAGCCCUGGGAGGAGCCGCAGUGGGUCACCAGCCCCCUGCACUCGCCCACCCUCGGGGAGGACCCCCCGCCCCCGCCCCGGCCCCCGCUGGGCCGCAGCCACUCCCUGGACGGCGCGGGCCCGGCCGGCGCCCCCACCCCCCGCGUGGCCCCGGCCCCCGCGCCCGCCCGGGGCCGGGCCCGGCCGGCCUCCCUCGACCUGGACGCGGCCUCUCCCGCCGCCGACUUCUUCGCCUUCCAGGCCGCGUGCUCGGGGGUCCCGGGGGAGGGCGGCGCCCGGCGGCCCGGCGCCCCCGGCUCCCGGGAGGAGGACGCGGACCCCCCGCCCGCCACCCCCGCCGUCACCGGCCGCCGCAACUCGGCCCCGGUCAGCGUGUCGGCCGUGCGCACCUCCUUCCUGCUGCGCAUGGGCCGGGCCCGGGCCGUGCCCGUCGUCCCCCCGAAGGUCCAGUACACCCAGGUCCCGCGGCCGCUGCCCCCGGCCCCCGCCGCCGCCCCCCGGCCCCCGCCCGGCCGCCGCCCGGGGGACGGGGACGAGGAGGAGGAGGGCGAGGAGGAGGAGGAGGAACGGGCCCCGACGGGCCCGGACUCGGCGCCCCCCGAGGCCGCCCCCCAGGACGCCCCCGUCCUCCGCCGGAAGCGGGCGUCGGACGCGGGCAGGCCCGGGGGCGCCCCGCUCUCCUCCAAGAUGGAGCGGUCCUCGGGGGGCUCCACGCCCUUCUUCCGGGCCAGGCCGGGGCGACCGCAGAGCCUGAUUCUGCUGGGCCCGCCCUUCCCCGUCACGGACCCCCCGUCGGCCGCCGACCCCCGCGGGGCGGGUCCCGCCCUCCCGGACGCCCCGGGGCCCUGCGGCGCGGAGCCGGGCCAGGCCCCGUGGGUCAGCCUCAGGAACAAGAUGACCAUCCCCAAGAACGGCCAGCGGCUCGAGACCUCCACCAGCUGCUUCUACCAGCCCCAGCGCAAGUCGGUCAUCCUCGACGGGCGGAGCGGACGGCAGACGGAGUAGGGGGCGACCCCGGCCCGCCCGAGCGCCCCGCCGGCCCCUUCCCGCCGCCGGGCCGGCCUUCGGGUCGGCCGCCCGCCCGCCUCCCGUUCCCGCUCCGGGGCCCGGUGGGCUCCCGCCCGUCCGCCCGCCUCCGUUCCUCCCCCCGCCUCCGGGGGGCUCCCUCCUCGGCGGGGUGAGACCGGGCGAGGGCCAACGGGGGCGGGCCAGGCUUCGGCCAAGCGGCGCGGGCCUUCCCCGCUUCCCCCGGGGUGGGGACGAGGCACCGACACGCUCCCGCUCCGGCUCGGCCCUCGCCGGCCCCCCCGGUAGAGGAGGGUCUCCCCCGCAUCCCUCCCACCGUCGGUCGAGGGCAAGUCGCCGCGGACCACCCCCUCUCAGGCCCCCCGCGACGGCAUCGUCAAGCCCGCCCCCGGACGGUUGCUGGUUUCCGAGCCCCGGAGGGCCUCGCCUCCUCGGAGGGGUCAGGAGCCGAUCCGACGGGCCCCCCGCCCCCCCCGGGGGGUGGGACCGGCCGGGAAGGCCCCUCCGCCCGUCCCCCAGAUCUCCCCGGCCGCCCCCGAGCCGCGGCCCCCCCUCCGACCGCGCUUGAAGGAAUCAGAAGAGCGUCAGGCCGGCCUCUCCGGAGGGCCUCGCGGGGAGACGGGUCAGGGGUCGGCGACGUCUCCCGCCCGUCGGGUACCGCCUGAGGCCGGGAGGCCGGGGGCCUUCCUGCUCGAGAGCAGACGGGCCCCGGUCAGUCGGGGCCCGCGGUGCCGGCGAGCCAGGAUUUUUUUUCUUUAUGGGAUCUGUGAGCGCUUACUCUGUGCGAAGCACCGUCCUAAGCGCCGGGGUGGACACCGGAGAAUCGGUCCGGCGCCGGUCCCCGGCCCGCUCGGGGCUCCCGGUCUCCAUUUCACAAGAAACGAGGGAACCGAGGCCCAGUGAAGUGACUCGCCCGAGGUCACACGCCGCAGACGAGUGGCGGAGCCGGGAUUAGAACCCACGACCUGCCGACCCCCAGGCCCGGGCUCCACCCUCAGCCGCUUCGCGCGCUUUCGGUUCUCGCCCCUAACGCGCCCGCGGGGCCUCUUCCUUAUCGGACUCCCAAGGCGGGGGCCCGGCGCCGUCGAUCGGCGACCCCGUCCUUGCCGGUUAACGUGCCAUUCUGCGUAUAACCUACGUAUUUAUGGAACGACCGCAGGUCGACCGAACCCCGGACUUCCUCGGUUUCCAACCGCGCUUCCGGGACCGGGGGAGGGGGUGGGCGCGAAGACCCGGGCCCCUCUCUCGGCCCUGCCGUCCCCCCGCGGCCCGAGCGGAGCGGCCAGCCGGGCAUCGGGGCCGAGCGGCGAGGUCGGCGCGGGGCCGGUGCUGCCGGCCCAGCUUUAAGAGCCCUCGAAGGCGGGGUGACCCCGAGCCGGUCAGUCCUAUUUAUCGAGCGCUUACCGUGUGCCGAGCACUGCCGAAGCACUUCGAUAGAACGGAGCGGGUGGACGCCUUCCCUCCUCCCCCUCUCUCCGGCGCCCCGGGUCGCCAACCCCCCCGGUAUCGUUUUUAUUCCGGUAUCUGUUGCGCGCUUACUACGCGUCAGGCACCGUUCUAGGCGUCGGGGAGACGGAGGUUGAUCGGGUCGGACGCGGUCCCCGUCCCAUCCGGGGCUCCUAGGGGGGAAGACUGGCAUCGAGUCCCCAUUUUACAGACGAAGAGAGCGAGGCCCAGAGGAGGGAAGCGCCCUGCAGGCGAGGGGCGGAG